UCCGAUACACUAGCCAGGUAGGCAGUAAAAGCCCCAGGAACUUUUGAAUUUCAUUUCCCGUUUGGUCACCAUCAGCACAGUCCACCAUCACAGGUGACCAUGAAGAGUCCACCAUCACAAGAAACCACACAGUCCUGGAUUCGCAGACAAACUCCAGCACGGUCCAAACAGGAGGUAACCCUUUGCAUGUUGAGAAGGCGAAUCUGUUAUGGCAGAAGUACGUUCCAAGAAAAGAAACGCAAAUACGUACACUAAAGUCUCCAGGCCCAUGACAGAAAGAGGCUACUCCAGGGACACAGAGCAGUGUUGUACAAAAAAAUCAAGGAGCUCGGGCAAACGUACCAAAAAGCCAGGGAGGCGAACAGGAGCUCUGGGUCACAGCCCCAUACAUGCCGCUUCUACCGUGAACUGCAUGCAAUUAUGGGGGGAGGGGGUGACGCCACCACCACCCCACCACUGUCCGUGCAUACCUGCAAAGGGGAAGUUGUACGGAGCGAGGAGGAUGAGUUAUUGGAGGACGAAGAGCAGGAGGAGGAGGAGGAGGACGACGACAGUGCACAGGCGGCAAGCGGGGAAAUCCGUUUUCCCCCCUAGCCAGGAACUAUUCUUAAUGCUGGACCCAAUAGCCUCCCCCGACUCCAAUGCGGGCUCCCGGACCAUGACACUGGAGAAGGCACUUCUGGUGCAAAUGUUUCAACACGGCCCCUAUCUACUCCGUUCCAGAGGCUGGUCCAGAUUAGAAGGUGGAAAAAACAAACUCGGGACGACAUGUUCGCCGAACUCAUGCAGUCCUCCUGCACUGAUAGGGACCAGCUGAAUGCAUGGAGGCAAACGAUUGCAGAGUCCCGUAAAACAUUAAAUGCACAUGAAGAGAGGAGGGACGCACGCGAUGAGAGCAGGCAGGAUGCUAUGGUCAAGCUCACGGGGGAGCAAACGGACAUGCUCCACUGUAUGGUGGAUCUAAUGCAGGAAAGGCAACAAGACCACAGACUGCCGCUGCAGCCCCUGUAUAAACUGUCCUCCCUCUCCCGCAAGUUCCAUAGCCUCCUCACCCAGACUCCCAAGAACACGGGUGGGAGAGGCUACGGGGACCCAAACACUGAACCCCAGAGCAUUGCACAAGCUAGCAGAAAGCUGGCAUAUCCGAAAUUUUGAUUUGGUUUCUGGACUUGUCCUUCCCUCCUCCUCCACCCCGCUCCCCCAAUA